GCUUGACCAUAUAGGCUACAUGUCUAGUAGGUUUUAAAAUCUCCCUUUCUUCCUUUGAUAUAAUGACCGUGUUAUGAGUUCUCCUGGAAUAGAAAACAAAACGGAAGAACUGAGAGACCUGACAGCGAUCGGCUAAAAUUAUGAUGGAGACAGAGUAUUCCAAGAGAGUAUACCAGGGAGUCCGUGUCAAGCAUACGGUCAAAGAUCUACUGGCCGAGAAGCGAUUACGACAAACAAACACACCCCGAUUCAGUACAAGCAGCAGUUCCUCUCAGCCAGCUUUUGUGCCAAUGCCCGGUUCGCAUGUGCUUCCUGGUUACUACAGUAUGAGAAGAUCCUUCCUCCAAGACUCGGAGCUCUGCCAUACUGUGAAGCAGUACUCCUCGGACACGUACUCUUCGGCACUGGGAAGCAAGGCCUUCUCAUAUGACCACGCUUCCACUUAUCCUGCCUUCAUCGACAGCUACUACACUCCUGAUUCGUAUGGAGAUUACAGAGGGCCAACAUCUUAUACCACAAGCGGAGGGUCAUUGUUUCCACCGUCUUCACUACCAACACUACUGCCGACUCUGUCUGGAGAGUCUUCAUCACACUUGCUCUUGAGAGACCCAUGGGAUCAGCCAUCAGAGGACUCGGUCAAUCAGACAGAAGUCUUAUGUCCUGAGGCUGCAGCCCCCGUGGCAGACUCACCAUCCCUAGCUGGGCCUGACUCAGGCAGUUCCUCUCCGUACCGUCUGACCUCUGGUCGGAGUGGGAGCUCCAUCCCAUCCAGCUCUCAGCCAUAUACUCUACAGCCUCUGGAGGACGUCCCAUACACAGCACCAUCUUACACCUCUGCCUCCAGCUACUCCUGCCCACCGUACAUGUCGACUCCUGGAGAUCUGGCUGUGGUGAAGAUGACAGCCGUCACUUCAGAGGAGGCCAGUGGUGGAGUGGUGUCUCUCAGUGACACUACAUCCUGGGCUAAAGAUGAUGGAACAGGAUCCUGGUUGUCAUAUGAGACCAGAAGAGCUUUUUAAGAGGCCUCAAUGACAAUUACAGGACUGUGGACUAAUCAUUUUGCAAUUAUGCAGCCUCUCUAUUCUUACACAAAAGGAGAUUAUAUAGAUUCAUCAUAACGAUGAAAUGCUGGUCAUAAAAAACUGCAUACCACAUAUAGAUACAGUAAAACAUGUGCUGUUAGUCUAGUUAAUUCAUGGUUUAAUUGUGCAUUUUUUAAUUUCCAAGCGUUUUAGAAUAAAUUAGAGGUAAUGCUCCAUUUCCCCCUCUUUCUUACAAUUCCAAGUGUAAUAUUACUCCCAAAAACGUACAUUUUGACUGGAAACAUAACAUAAACCAACAUUUUUCUGCUCAACAAAAAUGGUAGCUCUUUGAAAAAAAACGUGAAUUUGAAAAAUAAAUAUGUUUUGGUUUGAA